UGAAAAAAAAGAGAGAGAAAGCAGCUUUCUGUUCUAUUUCGCCGUCUCCUGUGGUCCCUCGGCCAGAGAGCGGCUAACAGGCACCGCUCAUGUCCGUGAACUCGGAGAAAUCCUCGUCCCCUGAAAGGCCUGAGACCCAGCAGAAAGCCCCGGUGACUGCCCCUCCUCCCCCACCGCCCCCUCCACCUCCCCCUGAGCCGGCAGGGCCCCCAGAGCCGGAGGAGGAGAUCCUGGGCUCCGACGAUGAGGAGCAGGAGGACCCCGCGGACUACUGCAAAGGAGGGUACCAUCCGGUGAAGAUCGGGGAUUUGUUCAACGGGAGGUACCAUGUGAUCAGGAAGUUGGGGUGGGGCCACUUCUCCACCGUAUGGCUGUGCUGGGACAUACAAGUGAAGAACUUUGUGGCGAUGAAGGUGGUGAAGAGCGCCCAGCAUUACACGGAGACGGCCCUUGAUGAGAUCAAACUGCUGCGAUGUGUAAGAGAGAGCGACCCCACCGACCCCAACAAAGACAUGGUGGUUCAGCUGAUAGAUGACUUUAAGAUCUCUGGAGUCAACGGCAUACAUGUGUGUAUGGUGUUUGAGGUGCUGGGUCACCACCUGCUGAAGUGGAUCAUUAAAUCCAACUACCAAGGUCUGCCGCUGCCAUGUGUCAAGAGCAUUAUCAGACAAGUCCUGCAGGGUCUGGACUACCUCCACACAAAGUGUAAAAUCAUCCACACGGACAUCAAGCCGGAGAACAUCCUGAUGUGUGUGGAUGACGUCUUUGUCAGGCGUAUGGCCAUGGAGGCAACCGAAUGGCAGAAAGCUGGAGCGCCACCACCGUCUGGAUCAGCAGUUAGCACAGCCCCCCAGCUCAAACCGGUGAGUACAACUGAUGUGGGAAAGAUCUCCAAAAACAAGAAGAAGAAGCUGAAGAAAAAGCAAAAGCGGCAAGCCGAGCUGCUGGAGAGGCGGAUGUUGGAGAUCGAAGCCCUGGAAAGAGAGGCGGAGAAAAAGGAAGAGAAGGCAAAAGAAGGGGGAGAGAAAGGGGCACUUGAACACAACCUGCCUUCACCGCUGCAGCCGCCACCGUCCCAGCUGGGCCCCAGCAUGGCUCUGGGAGAGAGCGAUGAUGACGACGACGACGAGGAGGAUGGCGAAGACGACGAGGAGGAAGGCGGAGAGAGGGAGAGGCCCAUCAGGUUGACCAAUCAUACAUGUGCAGCGCCUCCCCAGGAGCAGAGUGAGGCGCCCCACAUCACCGAUGAUGACCCUGAUGAGGAGGUGGAAGAAGAGGACGAAGCUACGCCUGUCGCUGAAAAAGAUGCCCCCAUUCCCCCCGUCUCAGAGGAAGGUAAUGGAAAUCCAACACAAGCAGAGGUAGAGCAAGAGGAGCGGGUGGAGCAGGAAGAGGAGGAGGAGGGAUUGAAAGGGACAGAGAAGGAGAACGAGGAGGAGACGGAGGAGAAGGUAGAGGAGGUGGAGGAGGAAGAAGAGGAGGAGGAGGAUGAGGAAGAAGAAGAGGAAGAAGAAGAAGAGGAGGAGGAGGAGGAGGAGGAUAAAGAGACUGAGACAGAGGACAAUGAGACAGAGGAGCCAAAGACUGAGAGCAAAACGGAGGAGGAGGCAGUGGUGGAAGAAGAGGGCUCAAAGGAGCAGGAGGGGGAGGAGGAUGAGGAUGAGGAUGAGGAAGAGGGAGAGGAGGAAGAGGAGGAAGAUGAUGACGAUGAUGUCACGACCGCUGACCUCCUGACGGAAAGCACCUCCCCGAUCAAACCCCACAACAAUAAAACCAAUUCGGCCAAAACCAAUGGGCAUGUUUUGUUGGGAUCUGAGGGACUGAAACCAAACCCUGGCACGACUCUCCCUCCUUCGCCCACCCCUGAGCCUCUCCUCUGCCCCCUGGUGGAGUCUGAGCUCAGCUACACAGACAGGGACAACUCUCUCAGCUCGGGCUAUGAGAUGUAUAACGGCGAACUGGGUGAGCCAGGACUGACCAACGGCUCCAGUGAGCGCCAUCUGGGCACACUGCCCAUUUUCCCUGACUUGCCCUUGGAUCCUGAGCCGGGAAACCCCAUUUCUGUUGGGACAGCAGACAUCGGAGCAGGACCUUCACCCAACAGCCCCGCAGCAGACCGUAGUCGCACUGUGUCAUCCUCAAGCACAGGAGACACACCCAAAGUCAGGGCCAGAGCUGCGGACCUCCUGAUCAACCCACUAGACCCUCGCAACGCUGAUUCCAUUCGAGUCAAAAUCGCCGAUCUCGGAAAUGCCUGCUGGGUGCAUAAGCACUUUACAGAGGACAUCCAGACGAGACAGUACCGCUCCAUUGAAGUCCUGAUAGGAGCCGGUUACAGUACGCCUGCUGACAUCUGGAGUACUGCCUGCAUGGCAUUUGAGCUGGCCACAGGAGAUUACCUGUUUGAGCCCCACUCUGGAGAGGACUACUCCCGUGAUGAGGACCACAUCGCUCUGAUCAUGGAGCUCCUUGGGAAGGUCCCACGCAAAGUGGUCGCUGGCGGGAAGUACAGCCGAGAGUUUUUCUCCAAGAAAGGUGAGCUGCGGCACAUUACCAAGCUGAAGCCGUGGUCCCUGUUCGAUGUUCUGGUGGAGAAGUACGGCUGGUCGCACGAAGACGCCGGCCACUUUACUCACUUCCUGCUGCCCAUGCUGGAGAUGGUGCCCGAGAAGAGGGCCUCGGCCGGCGAAUGCCUCAACCACCCCUGGCUCACCUCGUAGCCACAAACUCUGAUCUAACGCCGUCCUCCUUUGUUCCCCCCCACCCACCCAACAGUUAGCCCAAACAUCACCCCCUGGUGGCAGCCUGUGGAAACCACAAUGUGGAGAGAAGCUGGAGACAAACAGUCAGAGACGAUGAGAGAGACUCCCUUCCUGCCUUAUCGCACACAUCCAUUACAUGCUUACCUGACUAGGCUUAGCUCCCACACAUCUUUUCCCAAGUGGAAUGUAAAGACAAGAUUUGGAGAUAACGUGACAUAGCAGCUGUGUCUUCCUAAAUGUCUCCCAAAAGGAAUCAGAUGAUUUAUGGAUGGAUGCCGGCCACACAUAAAAUGGGAGAAGUCAGGCUUGGUGUGAAAGAAACAUGCUUUCUUCUUCUCCUCUGCCGUCAAGAUGUCAGCCAAUCUCUUUUAUCCAUCUACCUAUCGCUUCCUAAUUCUCAGUUUAACUCGCUUGGAUCCAGUCAAGGCCCACUGACAGCUGCGGAUCUUUUCAGAAAAGUCAAUGAGUAGCCUUGCUGCAGUGCUGGCAGUCCAGAACUCCAUCUGCCAUGACCUUUACAUAGCGAGGGCCUCAAACACAGAUGGGUGUGAGUGUUACUGUGUGUGAGGAUGAGUGUAUGCGCCGCAUCGAGCCCACUUCUCUUUUUCCAGCCCAGCUGCCCUCCCUAACCCUGGAAGAAGCAUUCACAUCAGACUAAAAGUUUACACCCUAAUUUCUUCCAAGAGUCUAAUCCCCUUCUCACCUGUUUGGUUCCCUACAUCACCCCCCUCCUAAAGGAGCUCCAUGCUCCUGCCUGGGGGGCCACCACAGAGAACUGGAGGGCAGCCAGUCCUCCAGGGGGCACCACACUGACAGUGGCCAUUCUUAACAGAGACAGACAGAAAAAGUGCAGAUGAGCAAAAGAAAACAAAAAA